AUGUCCUUUGCUUCACAAGUCGAUAUGACGUACGGCGCCAUCGGCAGGCUGCUCCGCUGCCAAACCUCCAGAACCGUCCGUCAGUCUAUGAACAUCUUUGCGCAAAAACGCAACUGGUCAACAGCAGCUGUCCCUACCUGGACCCCGACAGCUUCAUCCGAACUCGAUACAUCCCUUAGCCGAUUCCGAGACCUCCUCUUCAUCCCACAUGCUCUCUCCAUUGAGCAACGACGAUUGAUAUACAAGCCCCAGAACGCCCAAAAGCUCAAGGAAAACCCGAUUACCGUGUACGUCGGCCCAGAUGAGGAACCAUAUGAGCUCCGCUCGAUCGACAAACAUUCACUCCCGUCGAAGCAGGACGCUUUGAAGGUGAUCGAUCUCAUGAAAGAGACUGGAAACUGGUCCAACUUUGUCCCGUUCCUCAUUGGGCUCCGUGAAUCCGGAUAUGUCCUCAAAGCGCAUCACCUCGAAUCGAUACUCGCAGAGGCCGGCUCGACGAAUGGUCUCGGGUAUUUCUCCGAGGCCGUCAAGCAGUCAGCGAAAACCGGCGUGACCAUCGGGCACGUCGAUGUUGCUCAGCGUCUGUUCUUCGAGCUCCAUGUACAAGCCCAAAAGAAUGAGUUCCAGGGUCCCAAGUUCGAAAAGACUUAUCGCCUUGCGUCACAGUUUGCUCGGUUGCUGGAGGCGCCGGAAAACGCGGCCCAAGAAUCGAAAGCCGAUCCCAAGCGGAAGCCAUCUAUCAUUGGAGUACUACUGGAGCUCAGCGCUGCCAACGCUGUCAAUAAUGGCAAGGUGGAUACAAAUGGCGAAGUCCGCGCUUACGCGCGACGUUUCCUCGCUAGCUGGAAAACGGGUUCUAUCAAGACCCCCGAAAACUGGGAUGGUGUCGACCGUCAGCUACGAGGGAUUGUGCCCAUUUACAAUGGAAUGAAGCUUGCCCUGGAAGUAAGUGGGGUUGCUAACGACCCGACGAUAGCACCAGCAUUCAAGGAACAGAUUAAAAUCCUGGGGGAGGUCAUUGCUGAAAGCAAGAUAUCUGUAUCGAGAGAAGCCCAUGAAACUCCCACAGCUGGUCUUUUGCAAGCCCGGGCACUACACAAAUAG